UCUUUCGUCGCCUCUUGGUAUCGUCUGCAAUGGCCCUCAAGCGCAUUAACAAGGAAUUGAUUGACCUCGGCCGUGACCCGCCCUCGUCCUGCAGUGCUGGCCCCACUGGCGACAACAUGUUCCAAUGGCAAGCAACAAUCAUGGGACCUGGCGACUCACCUUACGCUGGUGGUGUUUUCUUCCUCUCCAUCAGCUUCCCGACCGACUACCCCUUCAAGCCGCCCAAGGUCAGCUUCACGACCAAGAUCUACCACCCGAACAUCAAUGCGAAUGGUUCCAUUUGCUUGGACAUUCUGCGAGACCAGUGGUCCCCAGCGUUGACCAUUUCGAAAGUUUUACUCUCGAUUUGUUCGAUGUUGACUGACCCUAAUCCCGAUGAUCCCCUUGUGCCUGAUAUUGCUCACUUGUACAAGACCGAUCGUACUCGCUACGAAGCAACGGCUAGGGAGUGGACCAGGAAGUACGCUAUGUAGCCGAGAGGCAAUUUACAUAACGGUUGUACUGUAGAUUGGUCUCUUGUACAUGUAUACAUAUCAAUUUGGUUUCUAUUUUUCAUCGCUCGUCGUUGUUAUAGCACCCCUUCAUCAUUUCUUGCGACAAUCAACAAUUCAUGCCUUU